AUGAGCUUGGUGCUAAGGAACCUGCAGCGGGCGGUGCCCCUGAGGCGGGCGCGGCUCCACGAGAAGGUGCAGGUAAUGCGGAGAGCCCUGUGGGUGCAGAGGUUCGACCUGGGGGUCGUCUGUGUCGACAACAGAAAGAUUCAGCCGAUUAACAGAAUCUACAGAGACAAAAAUACCCCAACAGAUGUGCUUUCAUUUCCAUUUCAUGAGGUGACUGCCACCCACGGGCUCCGUCACCUGCUGGGCUUCACACACAGCACGGAGGCCGAGUGGCAGAAGAGGUACCAGAAGGAGAAGCAGGUUCUCGAGGAGCUGAGCAGGCACAAAGGGACCAGGUUUCAGCCCCUGAGCAGGGGCCUCUUCUGA